UUUGAGUUAAAAUAAUUGAAGAAUGUAAUCUCUGGCAUUAUAUUAAAGAUACUAACAGUUUCUAUUAUUUUAAACACAUCCAAUUAAAUAUAAAUACUAUAGUGAUCCAGUAGUAUCUAUUUCAUAAAAUAUUUGGGUAUGCUUCUCGGAGUCUGAAAGUUUACAUGAUUGCUGUUGUCUGUGAAAUCACUUCCAUGCAUUUUCCCCACAGAACUUUAACUUCCAUAGUGUAUUUGUGUGCUGAAGGUGCUUUAUUGAUCACCUGCCCAGCUUUUCUACUUUUCCUAUGGCCCAGCUUUUCUUCAUGUUUUCUUGUGACCAUAAGUUUCCAAGUGUUAGAAUUACCCUGCUUGGAUUAAUGAUAAUUGGUUAAAACCGAAGUAGUUACUGGUGUCUUGAUUAAGGGAGGGCUUUGCUGACGCGUUGGAAUUCUGGAGCUUUUCAGUUUUAUGAGCAGUGGAUUCUUGGAAGAUUUGGAAGGGAUAAGAGAUGCAGUGUGCUUAAGGGGUAGAGAGGGCACUUGUUAAGAGGGACCGCAGAAGAGGCCUGAGCACACACAGACCGCCGUACCCACAGGGACACACAGAACUCUGCAGAUCAAGACAGCCCCUGUGAAGGCAGGAGCAGGGCCUUUCUCCUGGGAGGAACUUGGGGUGUGUUCCCGGUCAUCAGCUCGCUGCCCUUGCUCUUUGGGUCAGCUACUAAGUAAGCAUUGCCUGAGCACCAGCCCUCCGGUGCCGCUGAAGUGACCAGAAGGCAGGAUGACACCAGCGAUCUGGCAGCCGUGCAGAUGCAGAGCGUGGGUGUGCUGGGCAGAGGGAUGUGCCGCUGCUCAGGUGCUACAAAGUACACAGACAAGGACAAUGGAGGGAUGCUCGUGUGGUCUCCCUACCACAGUAUCCCAGAUGCCAAAUUGGAUGAAUAUAUUGCAAUUGCAAAGGAGAAACAUGGCUAUAAUGUUGAACAGGCACUUGGCAUGCUGUUCUGGCACAAACAUAACAUUGAGAAGUCCCUUGCUGAUCUCCCUAAUUUCACUCCCUUUCCGGAUGAGUGGACAGUGGAAGAUAAAGUCCUAUUUGAGCAAGCCUUUAGUUUUCAUGGAAAGAGCUUUCACAGGAUUCAGCAAAUGCUUCCAGAUAAGACAAUUGCAAGCCUUGUAAAAUAUUACUAUUCUUGGAAAAAAACUCGCUCUAGGACAAGUUUAAUGGAUCGCCAGGCUCGUAAACUAGCCAAUAGACAUAAUCAGGGGGACAGUGAUGACGAUGUGGAAGAAACACACCCAGUGGAUGGGAAUGACAGUGAUUAUGAUCCUAAAAAAGAAGCCAAAAAAGAGGGUAACACUGAGCCGCCGGUCCCAACCAGCAAGAUUGGACUGGGCAGGAGAGAGUAUCAGAGCUUACAGCACCGCCAUCAUUCUCAGCGCUCUAAGUGCCGACCCCCAAAGGGCAUGUACCUGACCCAGGAAGAUGUGGUUGCAGUUUCCUGUAGUCCUAAUGCGGCCAACACCAUCCUGAGGCAACUGGACAUGGAGCUGAUCUCGCUAAAACGCCAGGUUCAGAAUGCUAAGCAAGUAAACAGUGCACUUAAACAGAAAAUGGAAGGCGGAAUCGAAGAGUUCAAACCUCCUGAGUCAAAUCAGAAAAUUAAUGCCCGUUGGACCACAGAGGAGCAGCUUCUAGCAGUGCAAGGUGUCCGCAAAUAUGGUAAAGAUUUUCAAGCUAUUGCAGAUGUAAUUGGCAACAAGACUGUUGGCCAAGUGAAGAACUUCUUUGUAAACUACAGGCGUCGGUUUAACUUAGAGGAGGUAUUGCAGGAGUGGGAAGCAGAACAAGGAACCCAGGCUUCUAAUGGUGCCGCUUCUACUUUAGGGGAGGAGACAAAGAGUGCUUCUGAUGUGCCCUCAGGGAAGCGCACUGAUGACGAAGAGGAGGCACAGACCCCACAGACCCCUCGGACCCUGGGUCCAUCACCGCCUGCCCCACCGUCCACUCCAACACCAGCGGCCCCCGUGGCCACCCUGCACCAGCCUCCGCCGCUGCUUCGUCCGCCGCUGCCUGCCGCCCCUGCCCUUCACCGGCAGCCACCGCCUCUGCAGCAGCAGGCUCGGUUCAUCCAGCCCCGGCCAACUCUAAAUCAGCCUCCGCCGCCUCUCAUUCGGCCUGCUAAUUCGAUGCCACCCCGUCUGAACCCAAGACCAGUGUUGUCCACGGUGGGUGGUCAGCAGCCACCGUCACUGAUCGGGAUUCAGACAGAUGCACAGUCCUCACUGCACUAAAAUUAAGUUGGACGGCGCUGCAGCAACUCCACCCCGCCAUUGUGCCAGUGCUCAUCUGACUGACGCGAGAGAGGAAAACAGGGCCCUUCUGGACACCGAGGCUGCGAAGUGAUUCUGUGGCAGUGGACUCACAUUAAGCCUUUCAGUUCACUGUACUGAAACAUCACAUGGCAGAAAGCUUCUCGGUUACCUUCCUUUUUAGAGUAUGUGUUCACCAAUGUGAUCUCAUAAAAGGAAAAAAAAAUUUUAAGUAUUCUGUAUACUGAGGGUUUUUUGUUUUUACUAUAUUUAUUUUAUUGAGGUUCUUUAUAUUCCUGCCUCUUCAUGGUCAAGGCUUUUAGUACACAUUAUUGACUUAGGAAUUGUAAAAAACUCCUUCAGUUUUUUAAGUUAAGGAUGUUUGGCCUUUUUCCUUUUAUUUAAUUAAAAAAACAUUUUCCUAUGUUAGGAGUGCAAGAAUAAAUAGCCUGCAUUUCAGAUUUUGAUAUGUGUUCAUUUUAUUCAUAUUUAAGAAAUUAUAGCUAUAUAUCCCUUUUUUCAAAAUACGUUGCUUUUUUUCUAAAGGAAAUUUACUAUAUUCCUUUAAAAGAAAGCACUUUAAUCAAUUGCAAAGCAAUUAUAUGAAACCACAAAGAAUGUACUGAACCUACUAACCCUGUAACGUACAGUUUAGGGUCCUAGUACAAAGUCCUUAUUUAAAGGUCAUCUAUCAGUAUAAGAGUAUUGGAUAGUAAUUUUACAUACAAAUGAGGACUUAAUUUGCUGAAAUAUAAUGUCUUUAAGUUCUUGGAAAUGUAAUUAAUUUUGGAAAAAAAUUUAUGUUUCUAAAUGCUAUUUGCUUUUACUAGUAGUUGCCUACAUUUGGAGACUUUAGAAGAGAAUUAUAUUUUGUCAGAUAGGUAGAGAUGGUGGUUAUGGAAACCUCUAUUUACAGUACCCUUUUUGUGUUUAGGUUCUGAACUUAAAAUUGCCUUCAUGCUUAUUAAUGUAGUCUGCAUUCAAAAUGAAGGUGUUUUCUUGGUAAAUCUCUGUUGUACUAGUCGGAUGCAUUUGUGUAUUCCUUGCAGCCAGGCUGUACUCAAGGGUUUGGUUUAGGGUUAAAUCACCAUUAUUCCAUGAAAUGAAUGUAAGAAUUUGUUUUGCAUUAUCUAAAAGUGUAUCAGUAUUUUGUCACAAUUGUGCUGUUAACUAAAAAAAAGACUUCAAGUCUUCUGGAUUUGAUACAUAAUCAUUAACACACCUGUGAGGAAUAUUUCCAAGUGAUAGUAUUUCAAUAACAUGUUACUGAUGCUUUUGAUACGAUAAUUUCAUAUUGGAAUCAUGACUGUGUGAGGGGCAGAUUGCUUUGACUGCUGUGCUAGUGGGACAUAGGCUAAAUGUUUGCACAUGCACAUUCUCAUCACACUUAGGACCGGUCACCAUCACCUCACAGGCCCCAGUUUUGAGAGGUCGUGUGUUCCCACAGUAUUGGGAAACUAGGCCCUUUCAUUGGCUCUGUAGCCUUAAAGAGCUGUAGAUCUAAAUUCACUCAGUGGUGUCAUAUUCAAGUGUAGGCCACUUCAUGAGGACACUGCAUAGCCAAAACAUUUCACAGGAUAGGUCCUUUUCUUUCUCGUUGGAUCAUGUUAAAUAGUUCCUCCCCUGGAUUAUAAUCAUAAAAUUUAAAUAAAAUUCUUGACAUUAAAGAACUUACACUUAUUUUUACUUUAAAAGCCAUGGGGGACAGUUCUAUAAAAAGAAAAUAGAGAUUUUUAAAAUGUUUAGAUUGUCUUGUACAUGUGCAUUCUAUACCUGGACAGCUUUUCUUGUCUUGUCUCGUCAGUAGACCUUCAGGAUAUGCCCAUCAGGUUGGUCAGCACCAGCAUCCGUCCAGCUCUUCAGGACAUUGUGAUUCGCUUAAAGUCCGUUCUGUCCCAGUCAUGGGCCACGAUGCUGUAUCUGAGGGGUGUGCUGUAAUUUCAUUUACAUGCAUUAGAUCACACAGUAGAAGUCUUAGCUUCAUUAGUACUAUUACACAUGUAUAUAGUGAGAUGUCUUUAUUGUGUGCUUUGCAUAUUUUGUAAAUACUUUGCACGUCAUUAUUUUUUUUUUUGUUUAAGCAGUGUUUGGCCUGGAAGAGUGAUAUGCUUGCUGCUUAAUCAAAGGAUUAAAGAUUUAAAGAUGUCUAUGUCUUCUAUUUUUAUAUAAUUUCAUGUUGUAUGAAGAAUUUAGGACCUCUUCACUGUGAAAUUCUGAGUAUUGAUUUUUUUUAUAAACAAAAUCUAGAAAUCUU